AUGAAAAAUAAAGCCGAAAGGCUAACAUCGGUAGAUUUCGAGUUGAUUGCAAUUAGGAUUGGUGUCAAAUUCACAUCUAUAGAGAACUCCGGUUUCUGGUUUAAUGCCAUGAUAGAUAGCGGAACAGAGGCCUAUUGCAAUGAUCAAAACAUAGUAAAGGCACUGAAUUUGACAACUCUUGGAAGGUUGAAACGCUCCUCAAUGAAUCUUGCAAACAGAUGGGUCUUGAGAUCCGCUCUGAACUUCGUAAGUGAUGGAGAAGUAGUCAGAGAAAGAGGUAGAGAGUUCCAGAGAAAAGGGGCAGAAAAAGCAAGUGCGGAUUUAGCAAAAGAGUUUAAGCCUUUGGGAGAUACAUGA